AUGGCAUCCAGCACCGCGAGUUCCAGUCUGAAUUCUCCGUUAAACCAGUCUCCCCAGACUACCAACCGGGCUCCUGGAGAUCGACAGUCGCAAAGUAGCUCCUUGCCUCGAAUCAACAGCAAUGCGGCCGGCGCAUCUGCCCAGCAAGCUCAUUUCCCCUCACCGACCACUGACACCCAGGCGCAGCCGUCGCCACAUGGUGAGCAUGCCCAGCUCAACCAGCGCAGCUGCAUCACUUGUCGUCGAAGAAAGGUACGAUGCAGCAAGAGAGACCCGUGCUCGAAUUGUGUGAAAGCAGGCAUCGAAUGUGUCUUCCCCGGACCGGGACGUGCGCCUCGAAAACCAAAGCGCCCCCAAGAUGCGGAGCUGUUGGCGCGCCUGAGACGUCUAGAAGGCGUAGUGGAAAGCCUAGGAGCAAGUACCGCAGAGCAGGCCAGUGCACCGAUAUCCUUCAAGGAUCCUCCAGUCCCGACUAGCGAUGGCCAGAAAAAAGAAACUCCGUCCAGAGAAGGCAGGCUGGGGACUUGUCCACCCUUCUUGGAUAGAGAUCCCAAAUCUCUAUUACCUCAUAACACAGAACAUGAGCUGGGUCGCCUCGUGAUAGAUGAAGGAAAGAGUCGAUAUGUCAGCAAUAGGUUUUGGGCCAGCCUGGGAGAUGAGAUCGAGGAAAUGCAGGACAUACUCGACCCAUCGUCCGGUGAGGAGGAAGACUAUCCAUCGCCGCAAGACUCUAUGAAUUCAGGUGCUCAUGACGGCUUUCUAUUCGGCUAUGCCUCUCUGGCGCAUACUCUUCGCAACUACUACCCGACCCCAACGCAGCUUUUUGUGCUGUGGAGAUUCUAUCAGGAGAAUGUAGCCCCAUUGAUCACGAUACUACAUCAACCAAGCCUUCGCGCGAUUGUCAUCGAGGCAUCGACUAACGCAGAAUUACUCGAUAAGAAUACGGAAGCUCUUCUCUUCUCGAUCUAUUUUUCAGCUGUCAUCAGCAUGACCCCGCAGCAGUGCAGCUCGCAGCUGGGAGAAGACCGGGAUACUCUCCUCCAUCGAUAUCGAUUUGCUGUUGAGCAGUCGUUGGCAAGGGCGGGUCUUGUGAAUUCUCAGAACCUGAUGCUCCUCCAAGCUGCAGUCCUCUUUUUGAUCUGCGUGCGGAGGCACGACGAUACGAGAUUUGUCUGGACUAUGACUGCAGUUGUUCUGCGGCUGGCUCAAGGGUUGGGCCUGCACCGUGAUGGUACUAAUUUCGGCCUGAAGCCCUUUGAGACAGAGAUGCGCCGGCGACUCUGGUGGCACAUCGUCCUCUUGGAUGUACGCUCAUCUGAGGACCAUGGCACAGAUCCUCAGGUGCAUGAGGCCUUCUUUGACACUCGACUUCCGUUGAAUAUCAAUGAUGACGAUAUUUUCCCCGACAUGAAAGAUCCCCCCGAAGAACGCGUUGGUGGCACCGAAAUGACCUUCACUCUCGUGCGUUGUGAAGUGAACGCCACCGUUCGCCGAUUGAGUUACGUACCGCCUGGCGCACGUUGUCGGGCAGGGGAACUGAGUGUCGAGCAGCGUGAGGCUCUGGUCGAGGGACUCAGCAAACGCCUUGAAGAACGCUAUAUUCGCCACUGCGACAUGAAUGUUCCUCUGUUCUGGGUAUGUGCGACGAUUUCAAGGCUCAUUAUAGCAAAGCUGUGGCUGGUUGUUUACCACCCUCUCUCCAAACACGACAAUAGGCACAGCUUACCGAUGGAGACCAGAGACCGUCUCUUCGUCACUUCCAUCGAGGUCAUCGAAUUCGCUCAUUUGUUGGAGAACAACGAAAAUACGUCCAAGUGGAGCUGGUUAUUCCGGACGUACAUUCAGUGGCACGCCAUUGCCUUUCUUCUGGCAGAGUUGUGCGUCCGUCCACUGUGUCCAGGCGUUGACCGGGCAUGGAUGGCGGUAAACUCCGUUUACAGAGAGUGGGAGGCCGAAGCUACGUUAAAGAAGGGGAUGCUGUGGCGGCCCCUCUCGAGAUUAAUGAGACGCGCAACCGCCUUCAGGGCUCAGCAACAAGAGCAGCUUCGAGCCCAAUACGGUCCCCAUCCGCCCAUCAUCCAACCUGCCUCUACCGUCAGACAGGGUCCUGGUUUUGGUGAGCUUCCCGAUAUCCCUGAUCAAUUGCAUCACGUAGAGAGCCCAUCAUGUCCCGCACGAUCAUCAGUCUCUGUCGUGGGAUCAGGCCAGCAGGGGAAUACGAUGGAUACUUCUCUUAAUGCAAUCGAUCUCAGAAAAGGGAUUCCUGACGUGUUUAAUGACAUAUUCUCGGGGUCGGAGUGGUUGGCUGGACCAAAUCCUACGGUGUCUACUCCGUCAAGCCAACAACCCAUGGGCUCAUUGGCUUCGUACGAUGCCUUUGGCAAUCCGAUACGGAGCUCAAACAUUUCCAAUUCCGAGUCCGGCUGGCCCGACUGGGAUCAAGUCGUGCGCGAGUUCCAGAUGGAUGUCCAACAAGCAGAUGGGCCGCCUCCUCCGAUGGGCGAUGUGUCUGACUGGUUUGCCUGA